AUGGAUGGAGCUUACUCGGCCGCCGACCGCGGCGGCAGCCGGCCAGAGGACAAGUGCGAGACAAGUGGCCACCAGCCACGAGUAGCAGAACAUGACACAGACAAUACGGCAGCGGAAGAGCGCGCGGUCAGCUGCUCGGCCGUGCUGCGGUACCUGAAGAAGUCCGCCUCGGAGGCGUGCAGCGUGGCGACGGCCCGCAAGCGGCUGCCCAUCCUGCAGUGGCUGCCCGCCUACACCUUGUCCACCCUGCUGCAAGACGCGGUGGCCGGCAUCACCGUCGGCCUCACCGCCAUCCCCCAGGGCAUUGCGUACGCCGUGGUCGCCGGCCUGCCUCCACAGUAUGGAUUAUAUGCUGGAUUUAUGGGAGCUUUCGUUUAUAUAUUUCUGGGAAGCUGUAAAGACAUUACAAUUGGGCCUACAGCCAUCUUGUCGCUAAUGACUCAAGACGCACUUGCUGGAAAAGGAGUAGAUUUUGCAAUACUGCUUUCUUUUCUCACUGGCUGCAUCGUAUCUGCAUUUGGUAUAUUGCAUUUGGGUUUUCUUGUGGAUUUUAUCUCAAUGCCAGUGACAACAGCGUUUACAUCAGCAGCUGCUAUUACUAUUGCAUUUUCCCAGCUGAAAGGUCUGUUGGGAAUUGGAGGCACUUCUAACGAUUUUCUUGAAUCAUGGUCAAACUUAGUGGAAAGAAUUACGUAUGUUCAACUGUGGGAUGUUGUUCUAGGAGUCUGUACCAUUAUAGGACUGUUAUUUUUACAGAAACUGAAUGAUAUUGACAAAGGAAGAGAUCUUUCUGGGAGUUCUAAAGCAAGGAAAGCACUCAGCAAAGUAUUUUGGUUUCUGGCCCUGAGUCGAAAUGCCAUUGCCUGUAUUGUCGGGACUCUUUUGGCAUAUCUCAUGUACACAGAUGGCAAUGCUCCUUUUUCUUUAACAGGUGAAAUACAAAGUGGCCUCCCACCAUUCUCUCCACCACCAUUCAGUACAACAUAUCAAAAUGAAACAUAUAGCUUCCCAGAAAUGGUAUCUGCUCUUGGCACAAAUAUCAUCACAUUGCCUCUGAUUGCUAUACUGGAAAGUGUGGCAAUUGCUAAAGCAUUUGCUGGUGGGAAACCUAUUGAUGCUACACAAGAAAUGCUUGCCCUGGGAGUAUGUAACAUUGCUGGCUCAUUAUUUUAUGGAAUGCCAAUCACUGGAUCUUUCACAAGAACAGCUGUUAACCAUUCAUCUGGAGUAAAAACAACAAUGGGUGGCCUCUUUACAGGUGCACUGGUGCUGUUGGCUCUAGCAUUUCUGACCUCAACAUUCUUCUUUCUUCCAAAAGCGACAUUGUCAGCCAUUAUUUUGGCAGCUAUGUUCUUCAUGGUUGAUGUGUCUGUCAUCCCGUUGUUGUGGAGAACUAGAAGAAUUGACUUGAUUCCUUACUUCAUCACAGUCUUGGCUUGCCUCUUCAUUGGUCUUGAGCUGGGUAUGGUCAUUGGAGUUGGUGUGAAUCUCAUUUUCAUUCUAUAUGAUGCAGCCAGACCAAAAAUUAUCAUUAAGGAACGUCCUGUAUUUGACAUGAAUGUACUUCUAGUGGCACCACAGCAGAAUCUUAUGUUCCCGGGUGCAGAGUAUAUACGUGAGGAGGUAGUGCAGAUGUGUUCAGAAUCCCAACCUGCUGUUGUCAUAAUUGAUGGUGCAAAAGUGAAAUGGAUAGAUGCCACAGUUGCUAAGGUGGUGAAACUACUAAUGAAAGAUGUGACUAGUACUGGAAGUAAAUUUCUGCUCUGGAGGUGGAAUAAGCAAACAAAAGACACUCUAAUAGCUAUGGAUGAAGGCCUCAGAUCUUUCUUUUUCUACUCUGAAACACCUGAGGAUGUUAUUAAAGACGAACGAGUACCAAGUCCGCUUUUCUGUGCAUCACCAAUGUUGCCAUCUUGGAGGGUUGGCGGCUGAAUUUAGAGAUGUAUUCUCACAGAUUGUGCAUCGUUUAGAUGAGGAGGACUAGAU